AUGUUCGGCUUCCGUACCCCCGCGAAAAGCGCAGAAAACGAAUCAAAAAUUAGGACCCCCCCGAGCGGAGGGGAGAGGGCAGGACCUUCUCCAAAAACAAAAGGGGCUAACAUCAGCGUUAGACGUAGUAUUGGAGAGUGGGAACAAGAACGCAGGGGAGAGGAAGCAAAUAUGGAGCGUCAGGGCACAAGGCAAACGGCAGCGGCGGCCCGCCCGAAGAGAAUGGCACUAUCCCAGCCAGUGAAGGCCACAACAUCCGAAAAGCCACUAGAGGGUGAGGAUGAGAAUAAUCUGCCCAGUGCAGAACCUCACAAAAAAAGGGACCGAGUGGCAGAAGCACGGGCCAGCCUCCAUAAGGCAAAACUCCACUUAAACAAUUCCCGAAACCUCAAGACGGAUAUUAAACUUGAGGUAAUGCAAGCAGUUGAAAAACUGUACAGCCUGGUCAAGGAGGCUGAACUGGAAAGGACGACGGAAAAAGAGAAGGGUUAUAGGUGUGAUAGACAAGAGACACUGAUGGACAAUUCCGAAAAAAUGGAAACAAAAGACAUUAGAAAAAAUGAGGAGGAAGGUAAGUUACUACAGAAAUUGGAAGAACACUCAAAAUUGUUGGAAGAAAAUAGAAAGGAGAUGGAGAGGCUCCGGGAAUUGGUGAAGGAGAGAGGGAACAAUGAAGAGAGGGCGUCAUACGCUAAUGUAGCAGCCGGCAGGCAACCACUUAGAAAUACAGCUGUUCAUGCGGUGGCCAUAUACUCAACGGGUCAGACGGACAUGACAAAUAAU